UUUGUAUUGGCUGGAAUUGUGCAUUAUUUGAUAGUGAAUUGAGGCACUCUUCCAGAAUUGAAAACACUCUGUGUUAUAAAGCGACUAAGUAUUAUCUUUUGAACGAAUCUGUGCGUGGUCUAUCCAGACAGGAUAGAACAGAAUUUAUUUGUUGUGAUUGGUAAUUUUCUCGUAUCCUUUAUCAACUUCCUUAUUUAUUGUAAUUUAGAUUUGAUUAAUGGAACAAUUAUUGGUAGGAUAGCUGGGUGGUCAUAUUUGUUUAGGUAACAGUGUACAUUUAAAUUUAUGAUGAAUAUAAGAACCGUCAUGAUAGUGAAUCUAGUUGUGAUUUAAUGGCAGAUGACGUAGAAAAUCUUAGUUUAGAUGCGGAGCAAGGGAAGAACGUUAUGCCCAUAGUUCCUUUCGUAGGUCUAGAGUUACCAAACGUUGAACUAAGUUAUUUCGACGGACAACCAAGAGGUUACUGGAAGUUUUUAAAAGAGUUUGAAACCUAUGUAGAAUCAAGGGUUACGGAUGAUAGUCAACGCCUGCUUUAUUUGAUACAUUAUUGUAGGGGUAGAGCAAAAACAGCCAUUGAGGGGUGUGCUAUGUUGGAUGCCUCUGCUGGUUACAAGAAGGUCGAGGAAAUUCUAAAACGGUUGUUUGGACAGGCACCUGUAAUUGCUCGAGAAACUUAAGAAGACUUAUUCAAAGCUGCAAAUGUUGAUCCGGAGCAGCUGUCAAACCUAGCUAUAAGAAUGGAAAACUGUUCCAUGGUCUUGAAACAGAUGAAGUAUACAGCCGAUUUAAAUUCUUUAGUUACUUUAGAGAGAAUAGUAAGGCUUUUACCUCAAUCUAUGCAAGCUCAGUGGGGGGACUUGGUGGAUAAAUUGACUGAAGACGAUAGAGAACCAACGUUUGACGAGCUCACUCAGUUUGUGGCAUCUCGUACGAGAGUAGCUAGCUGUAGAUUUGGACGAUUGGCGAACCGUUCAAGAAAGGGACAUAACAUAAAGACGAAUUGUCACUUGCAAUCGGGGCAAUGGGAUAGUUCGACAGUAAGAACUAAAUGCAGUGUGUGUUCCGACGAUUACGCUGUUUACAAAUACCCGGAAUUUAGGAAAAGAAUUGUUAAUCAUAUUAGCAAGGUACAAACGUUAGGGGAACCAUCUGAAUUUCAAGUGACCUCUCAUCCUUACGGUGUCACGUCAUCGCCGUUUUGUGCGGACUUUGCUAUGAAUAAUACAGCUCAAACAUUCUCUGACGGUUAUGAUCGUUAUGUCGUGGAUGCUGUCAAGAACAAUUUCUAUGUUGAUGAUUGUAUGAUAUCCUUUUCUACUUGUGAUCCGGCAAAGGAGUUUGUUAAGCAGAUAAUUGAGUUAUUACGUAGAGGAGGUUUUAAAUUGAAGAAAUGGAUUACCAACUUGGAAAAAGUAAGGACUAUCUUGCCUGAUGUAUGUAAAGAAGAAUCUUUGAUAGAAAUGUCGACGAGUUACGAUACCGCUCAUCGAACUCUAGGUGUAGAAUGAGAUUUCAGACGAGAUGUAUUUAAGUUUUACUUUGAUGCACCGGAAAGGCCUUUGACGAGCAGAGGGAUUCUAUCUGUUGUUUUAAAACAGAAAAAAAUUUUCUGUUCGAUCUCUUGGUUCUAAUUGCUCCAGUCUACCUCUUGCGAAAAUUAUGUAAAUCCCAAAUAGGCUGGGAUCAGCUUCUCAGUGAGCCAUACAUGUCCACGUGGCUAGAUUGUGAUGCGAGAAAAUUACCAAUCACAACAAAUAAAUUCUGUUCUAUUUUGUCUGGAUAGACCACGCACAGACUCGUUCAAAAGAUAAUACUUAGUUGCUUUAUAACACAGAGUGUUUUCAAUUCUGGAAGAGUGCCUCAAUUCACUAUCAAAUAAUGCACAAUUCCAGCCAAUACAAAGCAACACAGUCAAAAGAAGGAACAAACCAAUAAGGCUGCCGCCAAGACUAAGUAACAAGUAAAACAACAUAAAUGGCGUUCAGGAAGAAACACGUAAACUUAGUGAAGGCGUAAGAAAAAUAAAAACUACAACAGGAUACAAAUAGUAACAACUCAAAUGAAAUCGAAAAGACUAACAAUGUACGAUUAAAGGAAACCAAAGGAACAAACUGCAAGUGUAUACAUGGAGGGAUUUUCACACACGGAACACUCAAAAUGGGUUUUACACUGUGUUCGAAUCCUGAUUGCGUGGUUGUGGAUGCGCGUCGGUGGUUUUCAAUGGUGUCUUGGUAUGAAUCAAUUUAUGAUCUUAAUCAAUAGCCCGUGACAUGUACUUAAUCAUCAGACUAUUGAGUUGGAAUGCAAUGUUUUACAUUUCUAAUCUCAGUUAAUUCAUGAUAAUUAGAAAUGUUAACAUGUUGGUGUGGUG